AUGCGGACAAGUAAUAAUGUGGUUGAGUUUGUGCCAUCCUUGGAAAUAAAGGGCAAGGCCAGAACUUACAUCAUGGGUUAUGGUUCACCCCUAAAGGCCUACACUCCAGUUGUAACCCUGUGGUAUCGUGCCCCAGGACUGCUGCUUGGUGCUAAGGAAUACUCCACAGCUGUGGACAUGUGGUCAGUGGGCUGCAUAUUUGGAGAACUGCUGACACAGAAACCUCUGUUCCCUGGGAAGUCAGUGACUGAUCAGAUUAACAUGAUUUUCAAGGACCUGGGUACUCCCAGUGAAAAAAUCUGGCCUGGCUAUAAUGACCUCCCAGCCAUCAAGAAGAUGACCUUCAGAGAGUAUCCCUAUAACAACCUCCGCAAGCGAUUUGGGGCUUUGUUAUCAGAUCAAGGAUUUGAUCUCGUGAAUAAGUUUCUGACAUACUGCCCUGGGAGGAGGGUCAACACAGAAGAUGACCUGAAGCAUGAGUAUUUCCUAGAGACUCCCUUCCCCAUCGAGCCAUCCAUGUUCCCCACAUGGCCUGCCAAGAGUGAGCAGCAGAGGGUGAAUUGAGGCACGAGUCCAUGGCCCCCUGAGGGCGGCCUGGGCUACAGCAAGCUGAGUGAUGAUGACCUGAAGGAGACAGGCUUCCACCUCACCACCACCAACCAAGGAGCCUCAGCUGCUGGCCCUAGCUUCAGCCUCAAGUUCUGAGGUCAGCUUGAUGGACUUGGCCCAACU